GUCCACCGAAUUCCUCCGCGCUCUCUCAGAAUCCUCUCCGGCCACGACUCCGGGGGUGGGGAAACAGCGCGUCGGUUUCCUGCCCGCAGAAGCCCUCGCGGCUUCUCCUCCCGACUCUGCGAAGAGGAAAAGGGUGUGAGACCCAACCAGACCCCCACCUCCCGGCUCCCCAUCCCGAGGUGGCCGCCUCAUACUCCACAUUCGGGGGCUCAUUGGUUUCGAAGUCUCUCUCUCCUCUUCCCUCUCUCCUCUCUCCCUUCCCUCUCUCUUUCAUCCUCUCCCCCAAACAUGUCCACCGGCUCUCUGAGCGAUGUGGAGGAUCUUCAAGAGGUGGAGAUGCUGGACUGCGACGGGCUGAAAAUGGACUCGAAUAAGGAGUUUGUGACUUCCAACGAGAGCACCGAGGAGAGCUCCAACUGCGAGGCCGGGUCGCCCCAGAAGGGCCGCGGCGGCCUGGGCAAGAGGAGGAAGGCACCCACCAAGAAGAGCCCCUUGAGCGGUGUCAGCCAGGAGGGGAAACAGGUUCAACGCAACGCGGCCAACGCGCGCGAGCGAGCCCGGAUGCGGGUGCUGAGCAAGGCCUUCUCCAGGCUCAAGACCACCCUGCCCUGGGUGCCCCCGGACACCAAACUCUCCAAGCUGGACACGCUCAGGCUGGCGUCCAGCUACAUCGCCCACUUGAGGCAGAUCCUGGCCAACGACAAGUACGAGAACGGUUAUAUUCACCCGGUCAACCUGACGUGGCCCUUUAUGGUGGCCGGGAAACCCGAGAGUGACCUGAAAGAAGUGGUGACCGCCAGCCGCUUAUGUGGAACCACGGCGUCCUGACCUUGGAGGUGCGAGUCUGGGAAAGGCGCGCUCCCGAGGGGAGCUGGCCCCGGGGAAGGCGACCCUUGCCCUCCCCGCUCUCUGUCUCUGCUUCCCCCUCGCAGCUCUCCUCUCCCUGUCCCACCCCGCGAGAACACUUUACAGCGACGAGGAGAUUCGUUUCCAAACCAGAGAAACAUCAACUGUACUUACAACGAUUCCCAUCUAUUUAACUUUAUUAACUUCUACCGUGAAUGACUCUGCGAGCCUUGCUGGUCCAAGUGCAAUAUGUAAUUAUAAAUAUAUAAAUAGAUAAUAAGAGCCUAUCAAUGUGUAUCUUUUGUACAAUAUGUUGUAAAAUGUAGAUCAUAGAAUAGCUGACUUUGACAGUCACAUUUAUAAAGUAAUUCACUUAAAGAUAUAUUUUUUUCAAACAAGUUUUGCUACUUUCAAAAAUAAAUCUUUCUUUAUAUUGCUAAAA